AUGGCUGCUCAAGUUUCGGGGACGAUCCCCAACGGCACCUACAAGCCCAGAUACGUCGAUAUUGGCACCAAUCUAUCCGACCCCAUCUUCAGAGGCAGAUACCACGGCCACCAAAAACACCCCGACGACCUCGCAGGCGUCAUCCACCGCGCCAACCAAGUAGGAUGCACGAAACUCAUCAUCACAGGCUCAGACUUCAAAAGCUCCCACGACGCCCUAAAACUAGCAGAAGAAUACCCGGGAACAUGCUACGCAACAGUCGGCAUCCACCCAUGCAGCAGCGCUAUAUUCGGCGCCGCAGACCUCAAGAAGAAGCAAUCCGAACACUCUACCCCGUGUGAAAAGGACCCCUACGCACCCAUGUCGGAACAGCAUCUCCCUGAUCCAGCACGAUCAGCAGACGCCAUCUCAAGAUUUACUACUCUUGUGGCGGAGGCGAGAUCCGCUAGUCAUCCGUACAUGGUGGCGAUGGGGGAAUUCGGCCUCGACUACGACCGUUUGAACUACUGCAAUCGUGUUAUUCAACGGCAUUCGUUUGAGGCGCAGCUCAAGGUUGCGGCUUCGCUGCAGCCGCAGUUACCGCUGUUUCUGCACUCGAGAGCCGCACACGGUGACUUUGUAGCCCUUUUGAAGGGUGCGUUUGGGGAUAAGUUGGAGAAGCUGGAGAGGGGGGGCGUGGUGCAUAGCUUCACGGGGACGAUGGAGGAGAUGAAUGAGCUGAUGGACCUGGGACUGUACAUUGGCAUCAAUGGGUGUAGUUUCAAGACGUCGGAGAAUUGUGAGGUUGUCAAGGCGGUUCGCCUGGACAGACUGAUGAUUGAGACGGACGGGCCGUGGUGUGAAGUCCGCCCCAGCCACGAGGGGUACAAGUACUUGAUACAGAAGAAGGAAGAGGCACAGACACCUAUUCAGAAUGGAGCGACGCCGGAUGCUGCGCCGGCACAAAAGCAGACACAGCCCAAGAAGCAAAAGAAUCAAAAGAAGGAACCUGAAGUACCGGAUAGAUUUAAAGUGGUCAAGAAGGAAAAGUGGGAAGAAGGGGCCAUGGUCAAGGGCAGAAAUGAGCCGUGCACAAUAGAGCGCGUUGCUCAGGUCAUCGCUGCGGUCAAGGGCGUGAGUGUCGAAGAGGUCUGCGAAGCGGCUUGGAGGAAUACCAUUCACGUGUUUGGACUAGAAGAGACGAUUUAG